GGUCACGUGAGCUCAGCGCGCCCUUGGAGCUGCUCGGCGCAGGGAGUCAUGGCGGCUCCCGUGGGCGGCGGCGGCGGGUCUCGGGCCCUGGACCUGCUCCGGGGUCUGCCUCGUGUGAGCCUGGCCAACUUAAAGCCGAAUCCAGGGUCCAGGAAACAGGAAAGACGUCCAAGAGGUAAAAGGAGAGGUAGGAAAUGUGGCAGAGGCCAUAAAGGAGAGCGACAGAGAGGAACCCGUCCCCGACUGGGCUUUGAGGGAGGCCAGACUCCGUUUUACAUCCGAAUUCCAAAAUAUGGGUUUAAUGAGGGACAUAGCUUCCGACGCCAGUAUCACCCUUUGAGUCUCCAUAGACUGCAGUAUCUUAUUGAUUUGGGUCGAGUUGAUCCUACUCAGCCUAUUGACUUAACCCAGCUUGUCAAUGGGCGAGGUGUGACCAUCCAGCCUCUUAAAAGGGACUAUGGUGUCCAUCUAGUAGAGGAGGGUGCUGAUACGUUUAAGGCGAAAGUUAAUAUCGAAGUACAGUUGGCUUCAGAGGUAGCCAUUGCUGCAAUUGAGAAAAACGGUGGUGUUGUCACUACAGCCUUCUAUGAUCCGAGAAGUCUGGACAUUUUAUGCAAACCUAUUCCAUUCUUUCUGCGUGGACAACCCAUUCCCAAACGAAUGCUUCCUCCAGAAGAACUGGUCCCGUAUUACACUGAUGCAAAGAAUCGUGGCUACCUGGCUGAUCCUGGCAAAUAUCCUGAAGCAAGACUUGAACUUGCCAAGAAAUAUGGUUAUAUUUUACCUGAUAUCACAAAAGAUGAACUCUUCAAAAUGCUUAGUACUCGGAAGGACCCAAGACAGAUUUUCUUUGGUCUCGCUCCUGGAUGGGUGGUGAACAUGGCAGAUAGGAAAAUCCUAAAACCUACAGAUGAGAAUCUCCUCAAGUAUUAUAGCUCAUGAAUUCCAAGAGAGCAGAGCUGUAAAAGUACUUGAGAAGUACAAACAUAUUCCUCAUUGCAUUUUCUUAAUUUGUAAUUCUUCAGUUGUUGGGGUUGGCUUUUGGUGUAAUCACAUCUCCUUCAUUUAUAUGUAAAAGAGAAAUAAAAUGCAGUAAGCAAGAACUGA